CAGCAAAUGAAAGUUUUAAUAAAUUAUUUACAAAUGCACCAUGGAUAUCAGUUAUUUUAGGAAAUUUAAGUUCACGUCCAUCAAAACGUGGUGGUCAUGGAACAAUUGAUCAAAAUAUAACAGUUAGAAAUUUAAGAGGUGAAAAUCCGAAAUUACUUGACAAUCGUGCUAUAACUGUUGAACGAGUAUCUGCACAUAGUGGAACACAUUUUCUUAAUUAUUUAAGUGUAUAUGAAGGUUUAAAAAGUAUUAAUUAUGAUGAACUUCAUGAAAUGUAUAUUUGUAGUAAAUCAUGUCGAGAUUUUAUGCGUAAUACAGCAUUAUCAUUACAUAUGACUGAUUUUGAUAUAGCAUGGUUCACAAUGAUUGGUGAAACACAUCCAGAUAAAAAUGAAAUUAUUUCAUUAGCAAAAAAAUUUAAUCCAAAUCAAAGUGAAAAAAAUUCAAAUAAAGAAACAUUAGCAUGGCUUGAAUUAUAUGCAUAUGAUGUUGCAAAAUUAGUUUAUAAAUGUAUUUUAAAUAAAGAUCCACCAAAGGAUAAUUUUGAUUUACAUUCACCAUUAAGAUCUGGUUUUUCAAAUUUAGCACAACAAUUAACAAUAAGAGAAGAAUCCGAUGAAUUUGGACGAUAUGCUCAAGCUGAUAUGACUAAUUUUAUGAAUAAUAAUUUAGAUUUUCUUUUAGGUACACAUGAAUGUUUAACAUUACAAGCAUGUUAUGCUGCUGCCGAUGUUGUUAACGCACCAGAAGGUGGAUUAAAUAUUGAACUUACAAGACAAAAACCCAAUUGA